UCCGAAACGACAAAAACAACAACAACAACCUGAAAUCAUAAACGAUCAAAUGAGUUGAUUUCUGCAUUGCGAUGAAUCCAUUAACAAAUGUGAAAAAUCUCCAAAAGCUCAAUCAAAGGGAACUUGAGCUUGGAUUGACCAAUAAGAAGUCUUGGCACGAUCAAUACAAGGACAGCGCUUGGAUAUUUGUUGGCGGUCUUCCCUAUGACCUUACAGAGGGGGAUACAAUAUGUGUAUUUUCACAGUAUGGUGAAAUAGUGAAUAUCAACCUAGUGCGUGACAAGAAGACUGGAAAGUCUAAAGGGUUUUGUUUCAUCUGUUUUGAAGACCAAAGAAGUACUGUCUUGACUGUAGAUAAUCUCAAUGGAAUCAAGCUGCUGGGCCGUACGAUCCGUGUGGACCACGUUGAGGAGUACCGGAUGCCCAAGGAGCACGGGGACGAGGAUGACGUCACGAUGAAGCUGCGAAAAGAGGGCUGCGCUCCUCGACCCCCAUCACCACGGCAACCGUCACCAAGGCCUGAUGACAAUGAGGAGGAGGAGGACAUGUUUCAAGUCACUGUUAAGAAAGAGAAGAAGCAAAAGAAAUUGAAAAAAGAAAAGAAAGAAAAAAAGAAAAGACGGCAUUCUUCAUCAGAAUCACAAAGUUCUGAUGGUGGCAAAUAUCAGUCCAAUGUUAAAGUUAAGAAAGAAAAAAUCGACACAGGUUAUGAUAGAGCACUUACUGGCCAAAACUCAGGGCAUAGAAAUUAUGACAGACAUGCACAUAAAAGAGAGGUGGAACGCGAAUCAUAUGGAAACAGAGAGGCAAGCUAUAGGAAACAUAAAGAGGGAGGUUCGUUUGAUAAAGAUGAAGACAGCAAUGAAAGAGAACGUGAUCGGAACAGAGGCAGAGAAAAUUUAGGGAGUGAUAGAAAUGAAAGACAUGAUAGAGAUAGGAUAGGGAAUAUAAGAAAUGACAGAGAUGGGAGUGGUAAUGACAGAAAUGAAAGACUUGAAUGGGAUAGGAGUGGUAUUGAAAGACGAGAUAGAGAUAGGAAUGGGAAUGACAGAUAUGAAAGACAUGAUAGAGACAGUAGUGGAAAUGAUCGGUACAGAGACCAAGACAGAAGUCAUCGUUCAGAUCAUGCAGACAGUCGAAGCGAGAGAGAUAAAAAUCCUGGAGAUAACCGUAGGUAUAGGGAGAGAUCUGAAGAACGCAAUGGUCGCAGACGCUAAUGACAGGCCAGGACAUUGACCAUCUGAAAAAGAUUUAGUAUAAGCAAUGCCUGUACACUUGCCUGAUCUCAUUAAUUUCACUUAACACGGUGAUGAUGUCAAUUUCUAAUUUUUAGCGAGUCAGUUUUCGGAGAAAACCCCAGCUAUUGUCAUAGCCAGCUUGUCGUCCGACAUCCGACGUCCGCCGUAGGCGUCGUGCUAAAACCUUAACAUUGGCCAUAACUUUUUAAAUAUUUAAGAUAGCACCUUGAUAUUUGGCAUGCAUGUGUAUCUCAUGGAGCUGCACAUUUUGAGUGGUAAAAUUUCAAGGUGAACAUCAUCCUUCAAGGUCUAGGUUCGAAAAAACAAAGUAAAGGGAAGUAAUAAGCUUUAAAUGGACAUCGUUAUCUGACCUGCCCACAUAUAUAUUUUUGUUAAAUAAAUCAAAGCGGAGCAGAAGGCGGCAUUGUGUUUCUGACAAACACAUUGUGGUAAAAAGUCAAGGUCAUCCUUUACUGUCUACGGUAAAAAAUACAAAUUUAAGGGAAGUAAUAAGCUUUAAAAAGGGAGAUAAUUAUUAAAUAUUGAACAUAGCCACUUUAUAUAUUUAGCAUGAAUGUGUAUCUCAUGGAGCUGCACAUUUCGAGUGGUCAAUCACAGUCACGGUAGUGGCUUUUAAUUAUUUGCUACUAUAAAUAGAGAUUUGUUAUAGACAAUUAUUUUCAAGGGAAGUAAUUUAUAUAAUUAUAAAUCUCAUAUUAUAUAUUUCCUUACCAAGAAUUAAAGUUCUCUCACAGUUACUGUACAGAUUUAUUAUUUUGAUUAUUUAUAACUCAAAUGAUUGAUUUGUCAAAGUUUUUUUUUAAUGAUAUAAUUUCUUUGAUGUUCAUUACAUACCUGUGGACUUAUGUCCAUAGAUACAUGAUAAACUCUGACAUGGUCAUAAUUGACUGUGAGACUCCCCCCCCCCCCCCGCCCCCGGUUGGCAAUUUUAUUUCAAAGGGGCGCAAUAGGGGGCAUUGUGUUUCUGACGAACACAUAUCUUGAUAUCAUUUCUUACCUGUUCUAAUUUGUUAAUGCUAGUUUUCAUUAAAUACCAGUGGACUUGUGUCCAUACAUACAUGAUGAACUCUGGCUAUGAUCUCUUUGAUAAACCACAGGCCUUGGUUGUCAGUGAUGUCUGACUUGUUCAUUUUUGACUGUCUACAGACCUCCCCCCCCCCCCCGGUCGGAUUGGACAAAAUCCAAGGGAAGUAAUAAAGCUUUAAAAGGAGAUGAUGUCUAUACCUGCCAAAUGAUAAAUAGAAAUUUUAUUUCAAAGUGGCGCAGUAGGGGGCAUUGUGUUUCUGACAAACUCUCUUGUUGGGUCACUAGGUCAAAGGUCAAGGUCACUGUGAUCUCUAAAAAAAAUAUUCUGACAAGCUUUCGCAUCCGAGCGUGGCACCCGUAAUGCGGUGCUUUUGUUUAUAUAUUCUCACAUUCAACACUGACAAUAGGCCAUUAUGAACAUUAACAAGAUUUAAUCUAAGCAACGCUUGUUAACUCGCCUGAUUUCAUUGAUUUCCGCUCAACUCGGUCAUGAUAUCAAUUUCAGAUUAAGGAAACAAGGAAUUAAAGAUCGUUUUGGAUUGAGAAUCUUGAAAAACUAACAUACAGCGUGUCGGGAGGUUGUCAAAUUUAUUUACAUGUGUUGUUACAUGUGAAGCUGUAAGUAACUGCAACACAUUAAACAAAAUAUAUAUUUAAGGCCAAACGUAUGUUUCGUAUACUGGCAUAGUAACGAACAUAACUGUACGUGACAUUAAGUUUGUGCCACACAUAUAUGGAAACAAUAGACAAAUUUGUAAUGCCCAAAUGAAUGUUUUGGAAAUUAUUUUUUUACAUGUUGGUUUGGAACAUCAAUGUCGAGAAUUGUUUAAUGAAAAAAUGAAACAAUUAACAAGUCAAAUCAAAACGUCAGUGUCAGGUUAAUUACAUUUCUGGAUUGUCCAUCAAUCUGUUUAUGUCAGUUUACUUUGCCCUACGUGAUAACUUGUAUGUUUAAUGAUUUUGUUAAAUGUAAAGACAUUACAGUGAAUACAUUUUACAGACACUA